CUAACGAUCAUCAUUCGAGCUGUGCAGCAGAGCAGAUAAGGAAGAAAGGAGCUUGGUGUUGCAACAGGAAAAUCAGGAUAAAGUUAUAAUAAUGGCCUUUGAAGUAAGGUCUCUGCUGGUCAUUGCAGCUCUCACAGUGCUCUGCUGGGCCCAGGCUCCAGGAGAUGAGGAUGCACGAUGUACAACUGAUCAUUCAAAUCCCCCACAAUAUCCUGACAAUGUGACGAAUCUGAUGGACAGUUACAACUAUGAGAACCUCUUACCUGGAAAUGGAACUGGGAACACUCCCAUAGCUACUGCAGUCUGGAAUGACUUCAGUUUUGAUGGAAAUGAUAUCACUCCUGAAACAGUGAUGAGCCCAACUUAUUGGCAGCAAGGAGCUGGAGGAAUAUGUCGAUAUCAGACAAGAGUUUGUGGAUGGAGGCAGAAUGAAGUCAUAUUUUCUCAGAAUAACUGGCUCUUUACUCAACACAUCAGUUCAGAUUUUGAUUCCAACAUUUACAACUAUGAUGUGACCAUACAUGUGGAGGCAAUUUACUCAUUGCAGGAUUGCAGAGAAAGGAAAGGUUGUAUACAAAGAUUCAAUCUUCUCCACUACAUGACUAACUCACAACAGCUCCCCAGUACCAGUGCAAACGGAUACAUGAAUACCCAAAAUUAUGAAAAUUUUGCAGUACCAGAAGGACCUGUUUCCUCAAAGACUUACACCAAUACCUACAAUUUUACUCUGCCACCAUCUUCCACUGGUUUCUACAUAGCUGUCCAGGACAUUGGGUCAUGUAUAGCUCUAUCAAGAAUGAGAGUCUAUCGUGAAAAUUGCAAGUCAUUUCAGACUGGACUGGUCCGCUAUCCUGAUGCUCCUGCUCCGGUGUCUGGUGAAGCUUCUGUAAAGUUCUCAUGUGUGCCAAAUGGAGGAGUCAUGGGUGAUGAAGACACUGUGAACUGCCGUACUAACGGGACAUGGGCCCCAGGAUCACCAAUGUGUGGGUGCAGACCUGGGUAUGAGAUCAACCAGGCUAAGGAUGGAUGUCAAAUUUGCCCGGAAGGACAGUACCAGCCAUUGCUGAGUGACACUAACGAAUGCAAGCCAUGUCCUCCUCAGAGCUCCACACGUGACGAGGGAACUGCAGUGUGUCCUUGUGAUGCCAACUUCAUCCGUCAUCCUGACAGACCUGAUGACCCAUGUGUCCGCCCUCCGGCUGCCCCACUACUGGACCUGACGAAGCCACCACAGCUGGAGGGGAACAAGAUCACGGCCAUCUGGACACCUCCCACUGACUCAGGAGGAGAUCCUGAUAACCUCUACUUUGACGUGUACACUGCCCAACUGAAAAAGGAACAGAAACCAACUUUCUGUCGACAGAACGACAAAGGAAUUAAUGGCAGUUGCAAAUCUGAGGUAGGGACGCCAGAGUGCAACUAUGAGCUCGCAAACCUCAACUCCAGCAGUCCGUAUGCCAUUUUGGUCGUGUGUGGAAACUCGGCUACCAAUGAUCCAGAAUGUGUCUCCAAUGUCACAGUACUGGGCUCUCGCUACCUGGUGAUGGUGGUAGGGACUUCUUCUGUUGAUGCUUCAAAGAUGAGGAUGGGAUCUCUUGGUUGUGAUUUGUUGCUGGCGACUGUACUACUGGUUUCUGUGGGAGAGCUAUGGGCCCAGGCUCCGGAGAUGAGGAUGCACGAUGUACAACUGAUCACUCAAAUCCCCCACAAUAUCCCUGACAAUGUGACGAAUCUGAUGGACAGUUACAACUAUGAGAACCUCUUACCUGGAAAUGGAACUGGGAACACUCCCAUAGCUACUGCAGUCUGGAACGACUUCAGUUUUGAUGGAAAUGAUGUCACUCCUGAAACACUGAGCCCAACUUACUGGCAGCAAGGAGCUGGAGGAAUAUGUCGAUUUCAGACACGAGUUUGUGGAUGGAGGCAGAAUGGUGUCGUAGUUUCUCAGAAUAACUGGCUCUUUACUCAACACAUCAGUUCAGAUUUUGACUCCAACAUAUACAACUAUGAUGUGACAAUACACGUGGAGGUAAUUUACUCGUUGCAGAGUUGCAGAGAAACGACAAGGUGUAUACAAAGUUUCAAUCUUCUCCACUACAUGACUAACUCACAACAGCUCCCCAGUACCAGUGGAAAUGGAUAUAUGAAUACCCAAAAUUAUGAAAGUUUUGCAGUACCAGAAGGACGUGUUUCCUCAAGGACUUACACCAAUACCUACAGUUUCACUCUGCCACCAUCUUCCACUGGUUUCUACAUAGCUGUCCAGGACACUGGGUCAUGUAUAGCUCUAUCAAGACUCAGAGUCUAUCGCAACAAGUGCAACUCUCGUCGCGUUGGACUGGUGGAAUAUGGUGAUGCUCCACCCCCUGCAUCAUCUGACUUAAAAAGCCCUGUUGUUCCCGUCUCUUGUGUACCCAACAGUUUCAUCAGAAAUGAUUCUGGUCUAACUAACAGAGUCAGCGACAAUGUUACCUGUUUCUCUAAUGGAACCUGGGGACCUGAGAUUCCUCGGUGUGAAUGUAACUGUGGCUAUGAGGAAAGUCCCUCAACGGACCCGUCAGGGUUCACCUGCACCACCUGCAAGCCUGGCUACUACAAGUCGGAAGGCGUGGAAGAGUGUGUGGCAUGCCCCGAGAACUCCAAUUCCACCACUGAGGGAUCCUGUGAAUGUGAUUGUGACAAUUUCUUUUGGAGACAUGGGCCUGAGAAUGAAACUAUUCCCUGCACAACUUCUCCGAGUAAGCCCCAAAACGUGAGGGGCGAACCGACAAACACAACACUCACGGUUUCCUGGAAUCUGCCUGAAUCAGACGGCGGUAGAACGGAUGUGUAUUUCAACCUGUCAAUCUGCCUAGUGGCCAGCUCCACCAACGAUUCCCAAGUCUCUGAAAAAGGUUUUGCAGGGCACAAUAAUAUCGCAGAGUGUCAAGAAGAAUCGCAACUCCAGUAUAUAAAGGUCCUGGGAAUGUCUUAUACAUUUAAUGACCUGAGACCAGUGACGUUGUACCGGAUUGUGCUCCACUCAGAGAAUGGAGUUAGCCACAGAGAUGAUAGGGUUCAUCUGAGACGAGUGGAAAUGAACAUGCCCACCGAAGAAGGAGAACCCGAGGAAGUGUCUAAUCCAGCCACUGUCAACAAUGUUGUAUUAGUUUGGGGUCCGCCCCGAGUUCCUAAUGGCGAAAUCACUGGUUAUCAGAUACGGCUGCGGUUCAGUCCAGUCUAUGUGGGAGGAAUUGGUGGUGGAAACGAGGCGGAGAGUGGCGCCGGGAACGAGACGACUUCUCUUGAGCCUGCCGUGAAAGAAGAGGACCAGUGUGCGAAUGUUCCCGACUUCUACGACGAAAUUGGACCACACACUCUCUAUUUUGUGCUCGACAGCUCUGUGCUACCUAACUGCUCGCAUAAUCUAACGUUCAGUAUCCGUGGAAAGACAGGGGAAGACAGGUAUGGGAUGUGGUCAGCGGAUCAGACAAUCGUGCCAGAAUUUGUCUGCCCAAGUGUUCCACGAUGUGAAGAAUGCCCUUCGCUGGACUGUGAUGCAGUAUCAUUCCCCACAUCCAUUAUAUCUCCCACGGAAACUACCCCGACCACUGGGCCCACUGCAACCACUUCCCCGACCACUGGGCCCACUGCAACCACUUCCCUGACCACUGGGCCCACUGCAACCACUUCCCCAACCACUGGGCCCACUGCAACCACUUCCCCAACCACUGAUAAACCAUCGGCUAGCACUGAGGACCCAUCAGUUGAGACGGAGCAGGAACGCUCCCAAUCCGACCUAGAGCGCUGUGCCUACCACAUGGCGGGCAGCGCCGUGGCUUUCUCGCUCAUAGUCGGGUUUCUCUCAGGCGGGUUCUCGUGCGCUAUAGCCUGCGUGUGUCACAAACACAAAAUGAAGACCUACAAGAUAAGAGUCAAGAAACACUUGCAGAGCAAGUGGGAUUACUGAGGUAUAUGUAAUUAUAGAUACUCUCAUGUUGUCUGUAUAUACAGAAGUUAAAGUCUGUUUUUAUCUACAAAUUUAUGUCGUGUAAUGAAAUUUGUGUUAUUUUUUACAACGAG